AGCCUCAAUGUGAUGGGAAAACCCUGCUGCUGCUGCCACUGUGCCACAGCCUGUCACUAUUUGGUGUACAUGUGACGAGCAUCUGCUAAAGAGAGGGUUUACAUUACUGUAAUGUCUAGUGUUAAAGAGAUGCACGAUUAGAUUCGUCAUUAUUUACAGAAAAGUAGCCUUGGAUUAUGGUAUACAGGAUUACUUAAUCCGUGACGCAGCAGAAUAAUAAGACAGUGCGCAAUCUGCGUCGCAGGCAGUUUCAUAAGGACAAACACCGGCAAGCAUGUUGCGUUUGCCUGUUCUGAGUCGGAGCCUCUUUCCACCAGCAAUUGUCAAAGGAGGUGUGGCAGCAACUAACAAUGUAACAGUACUUGGAAGAGAAGGUCUGCAUAAAUGUUUCAUGUGUGUGCUUAAAGCUCGCACCGCAGCGACAGCAACAGCACCUGCUAGUAACCUACUGGAAGUGUUUGUGGAUGGGAACCCUAUCAUGGUGGAGCCAGGAACCACCGUUUUGCAGGCAUGUGAGAAGGUAGGAGUGCAGAUUCCUCGCUUCUGCUACCAUGAGCGCCUGUCAGUUGCUGGAAACUGUCGCAUGUGUCUUGUGGAGAUAGAGAAGGUUCCUAAGCCAGUGGCAGCCUGCGCUAUGCCUGUCAUGAAAGGCUGGAACAUUUUAACCAACUCUGACAAAACAAGAAAGGCCAGAGAGGGUGUGAUGGAGUUCCUACUGGCUAACCACCCAUUAGACUGUCCAAUUUGUGAUCAGGGAGGAGAGUGUGAUCUACAGGACCAGUCCAUGCAGUUUGGCAGUGACCGGAGCCGCUUCACAGAGGGCAAAAGAGCUGUGGAAGACAAAAACAUCGGCCCUCUUAUCAAAACCAUUAUGACUCGCUGCAUCCAGUGCACUCGCUGUGUGCGCUUCGCCAGUGAGAUUGCAGGUGUGGAGGACCUGGGCACCACUGGCAGAGGCAACGACCUGCAGAUUGGGACCUAUGUGGAGAAGAUGUUCAUGUCGGAGUUAUCUGGGAAUGUUAUUGAUAUAUGCCCAGUGGGGGCCCUGACCUCUAAACCAUAUGCAUUCACUGCACGCCCGUGGGAGACCAGGAAGACUGAGUCCAUUGAUGUUUUGGAUGCUGUUGGCAGCAACAUUGUGGUGAGCACUCGCGGGGGUGAAGUGAUGAGAAUCCUGCCUCGUCUCAAUGAGGAUAUUAAUGAGGAGUGGAUCUCAGACAAAACCAGGUUUGCAUAUGAUGGACUCAAAAGGCAGAGGCUUAUUCAACCAAUGGUGAAAAAUGAGUCUGGGCAGUUGGUUCCAACAUCCUGGGAAGAUGUGCUGACUCGAGUUGCUGGAGCACUGCAAGGAGUUAAAGGAAACGAUGUUGCUGCUGUUGUCGGAGGUUUGGUGGACGCAGAGGCUCUCAUUUCCCUGAAAGAUUUGCUGAAUAGUUUGAACAGUGAAAACCUGUGCACUGAGGAGGCGUUCCCAAUGACUGGAGCUGGAUCUGACCUGCGUUCAAACUAUCUUCUUAACACUGGGAUCGCUGGUAUUGAAGAAGCUGACCUGCUGCUCCUGGUUGGCACACACCCACGCUAUGAGGCUCCUCUGUUCAAUGCAAGAAUCAGAAAAGGCUGGCUUCACAAUGAGUUACAAGUGGCUCUUGUGGGGACGAAAGUGGACCUAAGUUACACAUAUGACCACCUUGGGGAGUCUGCCACAGUGCUUCAGGAAAUUGCAUCAGGAUCUCAUCCGUUCUGCCAGGUCUUGGCUAAGGCAAAGAAUCCCGUUGUUGUGGUUGGAAGCAGUUGUCUGCAGAGAGAGGACGGGGCCGCGAUAAUGGCCGCUGUGUCAACCAUUGCCCAGAACGCUCGAGUCAGCAGUGGCGCGGAGGAAACCUGGAAGGUUCUCAAUGUGCUUCACAGGGUUGCCAGUCAAGUGGCUGCACUCGAUCUUGGGUACAAGCCAGGAGUGGAGGCUAUCAGGAAGAACCCACCCAAAGUUCUGUUUCUUCUCGGAGCUGAUGCAGGCUGCAUCACUCGCCAAGACCUCCCCAAGGAUAGCUUCAUAAUUUAUCAAGGUCACCAUGGCGAUGCCGGUGCACCAAUGGCUGAUAUCAUUCUUCCUGGAGCUGCAUACACUGAGAAAUGUAGCACCUAUGUGAACACUGAGGGCCGUGCCCAGCAGACCAAAGUGGCUGUGACGCCCCCAGGCAUGGCUAGGGAGGACUGGAAGAUCAUCAGAGCCAUAUCUGAGCUUGCUGGAGUGACUCUGCCAUAUGACACCCUUGAUGAAGUGCGUAACAGGCUGGCAGAGGUUUCCCCAAAUCUGGUGCGAUAUGAUGAUGUUGAGGAGGCCAACUACUUUAAGCAGGCUAAUGAACUGUCUAAGGCAGUGAACCAGGCUGUCCUUACUGAACCUUUAGUCCCUCCACAGCUUACUGUGAAGGACUUCUAUAUGACAGAUCCGAUAAGCAGAGCCUCCCAGACGAUGGCCAAGUGUGUGAAAGCCGUCAAAGAGGGAGCUCAAGCUGUGGACGAGCCGGCUAUAUGCUGAAGCACAAAUGAUAGCCAUCCAGUCCAUGAAAAGAAAAAAAAAAUUAUACGCACAAUUUUACUAUUUGCACAUUCCUAGAAAUGUAUUUAUUUGGACUGUUUUAUUCCAAGUAGAUGCCUCAUCAUCUAUGCACAUUAUGGACCGAACAUACUUUACUAACCUGCUGAAACUUGUGUACGUGCUACUUGCAGAGUGAAUAUGUACGUUUAGGCUUGACCAAAUCUCCAAAGAUGCACUCCUCACAGUUUAUGUUUACCUGUUAGGUAGGUGUGACCAAAGAUUUAAAGUUCCUAGGCAUCAAAGGUAAAUUUAGUUUCUCAUCUUCUUGAAAUUAAUAUUAAAAGUGUUAUAUUUUCCUAAAAGUAUUUGGAGCAUAGUGUUACAAGUGUAUAUAUUUAUGUGAUAUUUAAUGAACCAGUUUUCUGUAGCAAGACUAAUGAAUAUUUGCAACCACCUAUUCAAGUUUGUGCUGCUAUUAAAAAAUGUUAAAAGUGUCAAAAAA